AUGUCGCCCAGAAGAGCGGUCGCACGCACGAUCACAAAUCUAUUCCACACAGCAACUAGACCGAAGGGGAGGUCCAAUCGUCAAUCACCGGUCCUCAACUCCUUACGCUGCGUACGCCCCUUUUCGUCAACGAGCCGCCACGGAGCGCGUGGCACGGAGUACCUUCAAAACCAUGACCCCGACCUGACCGACACGCAACGAACGGUCCGCGAAUCCAUUGCGAAGAUAUGCUCCAAGUUCGGUGAUGACUAUUGGCUGCGGGCCGACGCAGAGCAUCGCUUCCCCGUGGAAUUCCAUCAAGCCAUCGCUCAGACGGGCUGGUUGGGCAUAUGCAUGCCCUCGGAAUAUGGAGGCUCAGAUCUGGGCAUCUCCGAAGCCAGCGUCAUGAUGCAGACGAUCUCUGAGUCUGGGGCCGGAUAUGCCGGGGCGAGUGCCGUGCAUAUGAACAUCUUCGGGUUAGAGCCUGUCAGGAAAUUCGGAACCCAGGAGCAAAAACGACGAAUGUUGGUUCCCUUGAUCGAGGGCAAGGAGAGGGCUUGUUUUGGCGUCACGGAGCCGAACACGGGACUGGAUACACUGAGGUUGCAAUCGACGGCUGUGAGAGAUGGAGACGGGUACCGAUUGAGUGGGCAGAAGAUCUGGAUCUCCACGGCACAGGUCGCCGAGAAGAUUCUGAUCCUGGUCAGAACGACUCCACUGGAGAAGGCGAAGAAGCCGAGUCAGGGCUUGAGUCUAUUUUACACGGACCUCGACAGGUCGCAGGUCGAGGUACAGGAGAUUCCAAAGAUGGGACGGGCGGCCGUGGACUCGAACACGUUAUUCUUCGAUGGGUGGAAGGUCCCGAGGGCGGAUUUGAUCGGAGAGGAGGGCAAUGGAUUCAAGAUGAUCAUGCACGGAAUGAAUGCAGAAAGAAUCUUGAUUGCCGCUGAAGCGCUGGGAAUCGGAAUCGCGGCCCUGAGGAGAGCGGCGCUAUAUGCUGGGGAGAGGAAAGUAUUUGGAAGACCGAUUGGGCAGAACCAAGCCAUUCAGCAUCCCCUGGCGGAGAGCUGGAUGGAGCUUGAAGCUGCUAGGCUGGUCAUCUAUCAAGCUGCCAGGAUGUAUGAUGCUGGACACGAGACGGGCGAAUAUGCCAAUGCCGCGAAAUAUCUGGCUGCUGAGGCGGCUUUUCGAGCUUGUGAAAGGGCCGUCAUGACGCACGGCGGGAUGGGUUAUGCGAAGGAGUACCACGUCGAGAGAUAUCUGCGGGAGAUCAUGAUACCGCGCAUCGCCCCUGUCAGCAGAGAGAUGAUCAAAAAUUACAUUGGAGAGAAGGUGCUCGGACUGCCAAGGUCAUAUUGA